CGAUCGCUUUCGUCUGUGUUGUCGUCGGUCGAUCAUGAGGUGCGCUCGGGGUUUGAGCUCCGUGUUGCUGCGCUUCUUGCUGAUAUUGCUGCAGCCAGCGAGGCUAGACGGGCAGCAAUUGUUGGGGCGGGGGUGGGGCUGUUGUGGAUUGGUUGCUGGAGAGUGUGGCGGUUGGAGGUGGAGGCGGGGUACAGGCGGAGGCAGCGAGGGCACUUGCGCACUUGGUUGCUGACCCAGAGGUUGUCGGGGAUGUGCUUGGUCGGCCUCAUGCAGUACCAUAUUUGCUCAAGUUCAUAUUUUCCUUCCAGCCCAAGAAGCCUAAAAUGCAACUUAAGCACACGUCAUUCAGUGGUCCAGAUCUUUGUAUUGGGAGGAGCAUGCUUGUAGCUGCUCUUAUGGAUAUAAUCACAUCAAACUGUGAUCAUGGCUCAUCAAUUAAGCCUUUACUCCCAGAGAAAGCUGAUAUGAGAGAUAUUGCAGCAGCCAUUCAAGUAAUUGAGGAAGGAGGCAUGCACUUUGAUGAACACUUUGAAGAUGAUGAUCCUGAUGAAAGGGUAGAGGGAGUUCGGGGUAUUGGAAUAAAAAUUCUUGGUGAUGCUACUGUUUUGGGGCUUGCUAGAAAAACUGGUAUCUUGAAGUUGAACAAUUCUGAAGCUCAUGACUUAGAAUCAGCUGGAUAUAUAAGUAGAAGCACAGUAUCCCGUGAAAACAUUGUGAAUUCCCAAAAAUUCAGAUCUUUACCUGCUGCAGUGCCUGGCUUGUGGGAUGAUUUACAGCGGGAACAUGUUGCAGUGCCUUUUGCUGCGUGGGCUUUAGCAAAUUGGUCUUUGGCAUCAGAGCAUAAUCGUGCCCACAUUCAAGAACUUGAUAUAGAUGGUCAUGCUGUCAUGUCCACCUUAACAGCCCCAGAAAGAACUGUGAAGUGGCAUGGGACUUUGCUAGCUCGAGCUCUCUUGAGUGACCAAAACUUACCAUUGACUGAUUCUGUCACAGAUUGGAGUUCCAGUCUACUGUCCACAGUAUAUCAGGCCUGUAAAGUGGAAGAUCUUCCAUUAGCUCAGGUGGCUUUGUCGGCUUUCCUUCUUGCCAUUGAGAGGAGUGAUGAUGUAAAGGAAAAACUAAUGGAGACGGGCCUUGAUCGAAUGAGAGAAAUAGGAAAAUUGACACAAAAGCAUAGACAUUUGCAAGAGGCAACAGUGAGGGUGUUAGACUUGCUUUUUAAUGCUGGAUUGCACUUCUCUCUUGAGGAAAGCCAGAAGUGGUGCAGCAUCCUUCUACAUUGGAUUUUUGAUAAAUUUUGCUCUGAUGUUGCACGACCUUCAGCUGUGAAAAUUCUUUCUACUAUUCUUGGAGUUCAUGGACCAAAUUCCAUACCUAUUUCUCAAGGAUGGUUAGCAAUUAUGCUUUCUGAAAUUCUUGCAGCCAGCAAGGCGUCAACUGCUAGAGCAAGCACUCCAAUUACGACUGACAAAGUGAAGACUCAAAUAGAUCAAUCAAAUGCUCUUUCAGCGGCGCAAGUUACCACUCAAUUAGCCGUUGCUGUUGUUAAACUGGCUAAGAAACAGUUCAAAUUUGAACCUGAUUCAGUUGACACAUCUCCUCUUGCUGAUUUUCUUUCUAUGGAACCUUUUAAUACACAGUCUAAAAGCCUAAAUAAAAAUACCUAUUCCAAGUUUGAUGCAGCUGAUUCUGCUUCUGCUAUGCUUAAAGGAAUAAAAGCAUUGACAGAGGUUUGUUCUGAAGAUGGCACAUGCAAAAGUAGAAUUGUUGAUUUGGGAGUAUUGUGCUUGCUAAGGCGCUGCCUGCUCAAUGAUGACUAUGAAAAAUUGGCUGCAAUGGAAACUUAUGAUGCAUCGAGAGCAAUAGAAGCUACAGAUCAGGCUUCAACUGUGUCUGCUGAUUCAUCUUCUUUAGACUCUACUGAUCCUUCUAGUAUACGUGUUCCUCCUACAGCACUUAUACGGAGGCAUGCUGCUCGGCUACUAAUGAUUCUCUCUCUACUACCAGAUGUCAAGAAGACUGUUGCAGCAGACAAAACAUGGUGCAGUUGGCUUGAAGAUUGUGCGUCAAUGAAGAAUGAUUGUUGCAAUGACUUAAAAGUUCGAAGUUAUGCAAGGGCUACACUUCUGAAUGUCUUCUGUUCUGGCAAGGAUAUGGAUGUGCUAAAUAACAAUUUUCCUGAUGCAGAUGGAAAUAAAAAAGUUAGGUGUCCACAUUAUGAAGAUAUGAUUUUUUUGAUAAAUCCUGAACUACCACAUUGGAAAUGUUUGGAUGGUUCAAAAAGAACUACCCUAGAGUCACGCAAUUUGAAAGAUGUCGAUUCUACAUCUGGUGUCUCCUAUCCUGAUAAUUAUGCUGAAAGUGAGAAUGGUUGUGACUCAGACAAUUUAUCUCAGUCAGCAGUUCGUUCAAUGGAUGUUGUGUUUGUACAUGGCCUGCGUGGUGGUCCUUUUAAGUCUUGGCGGAUUGCUGAUGAUAAGUCUUCAACAACCAGUAAAUCUGGUCUGGUAGAGAAUAUAGAUCAGGAGGCUGGGAAACAGGGAACUUUGUGGCCGAGUGAAUGGCUUGCAGCUGACUUUCCUGAUGCUCGCCUGUUUACAGUAAAAUAUAAGACAAAUUUAACACAAUGGUCAGGAGCUAGCUUGCCGCUUCAGGAGGUUAGCUCAAUGCUGCUACAGAAAUUGACUGCUGCCGGCAUUGGGGAUCGGCCCGUUGUGUUUGUGACACAUAGCAUGGGUGGCCUUGUGGUUAAGCAAAUGCUGUACCAAGCAAAGAUGAGUAGUUUGAAGGAGUUUGUAAACAAUACCGUCGGGUGUGGUAUUCUAUAGCUGCCCUCAUUUUGGUAGCAAACUAGCGGAUAUGCCUUGGCGUAUGGGCCUAGUCUUCCGCCCGGCACCUUCUAUUGGAGAGUUAAGAAGUGGUUCUCCAAGAUUGGUGGAACUAAAUGAUUUCAUUCGUCAUCUA